AUGUCAUCUCUCCCUCCUGAAAUCAUUCAAGAGAUUUUUCGCAACCUAGAUGCAGGACAUAAUGGGUUAAGAACAUUAUUUUCAUGUCUUCUCGUGGACAGAUACUGGUGUUCGAAUAUAAUUGAAAUCCUUUGGUCCAAACCAUUUUAUUAUUCGAAUGCGUUCGCUGCGAAUCCAAAUUAUUUUAGGAUAAUUGACGUAUUUUUAGCAUGUUUGGACGAAGAAGAUAGAGAAGAUUUAAGAAAUAAUGGAGUUAACUUGCCCGUUAUCUUUGACAAACCGUUAUUCUCUUAUGGUUCAUAUCAUAAGCAUCUCUAUUAUCGUACAUUUAUUUCAAGUAUUUAUCUAUGGGUUCAAGAGAAAAGGGCUCCUUAUGACGGUCAUGCAUUUGAAAUCGUAAUGAAAGCCUUAUUAAAAUUAUUUAGCAAAUGCAAGAAUGUAAAAAGAACAUUAUACAUUAUCGAAGGAACAAAAGGUUUGGUCACGCCAAUGUUUUACGUGCAACCGGAACACGAGUACCUGAUUUCAAACGUAAAUAGAAUUUGGGUUGAUUUGCACAUUUAUAAGCCUCGCUUCUUUAAUCUCCUUGCCAAAAAUUGUAAAAGAGUGGAACAAUUUGGUGUGUUCAUGAAAGACAUGGGAAGAUUUAAUGAAAGUAGUUCCAUUGACAUAGCAAAAUUCAUAAAAGAGCAAGAGGCUUUGCAAUUAUUUCAAAGCAUAUAUCUUGCGCCAACAAAGACCGUUAUCAACGCUUUGGAAACGCAAGCUAAAUCUUUACGAUGCGUCGAUUUCAAUUGUGCAAAUUUCUUUUAUUGUACUCCAUUAGAUGGGCUAGCCGCAUGUACGAACCUUGAAGUUUUACGAUUUAUGAAAUGUUACAACCUCACCAAAGAGAUCGUCGCACCCCUUUUCAACGCAUUUUUUCCAAAACUAACCUACGUGACGGUCAUUAAAACUGACUGUGACGAGCUUCAGAGUUGGGCAGCGAGCUUUUGUUUCGAACGAGUAGAUUUUCAAGAUACGCGUAAUCACUUUGACCUUGGUCACAUUAGAGAGCUCAUGUUAAAUAACAAAACUUGUCAUGUCUGUGGAGAGCCUUGCAUUUAUCCUUUGACCACAACGUGUGGACACACAUUUUGCAAGGAAUGUAUUUUGCAUUGCUUGAGCAUGUAUGGUCGAUGCCCUUUGAGGCAAUGCAGGACGGAAAUACCAAAUACAAAGUACUUUUAUGAGCACCCAAGUGAACUGUCCGAUCCAAUCAUUUCGGAGAAAAGAAGAUUGGAAGCCGACAGGAGAUUACUCCAGGAGAUGCCAAUUUAUGUUGGUCACUUGGCAUUUCCCAAAAUGUCAUAUACUUUCAAGGUCACGGAGCAAAAGUAUCGAGUGCUCAUUAGAUCAUGUUUGGAAUCUCGUUAUUGCAAGAAAUUUGGCAUGGUGUUUUCAAGGCGGUGUGAAUACGGAACGCUCCUGGAAAUCAAGCAGAUUGACUUUAACGACGAAGGCGAUUUGAUACUACAAGUAACCGCCACCAAUCGAUUUAAGAUACUCUCAAGCAGGAGGGCAAAGGAUAAUGAUUAUGAGGUCGCAGAGAUUCAAAUCAUAGAAGAUGGACCUGACGAGGAGGAAAGGUUAAUUAGUAGGAACCGUUCACCUUCUGCAGCUCACGAACCAACCACGUCGCAGCUAAUAAGCAUAGCGCGUGACUUCAUCAACGGCAACGAGUUUGUUUCAUUGGUUCUCCACCUCCGUGACCUGUCAUCAUCUCUGGAUAUUCCGGAAAAUGCGGCGGAUUUUUCAUUUCAUGUUGCGUCGCUUUUACCUAUAAGUGAAGAGGAAAAGUAUGAAAUUUUGGAAAAACGUUCUGUAAAGGAGCGUAUGCAGUUGAUUGUAAGGUGGAUUAAUGAUUUGAGAUCUCAGUGGGGUACGUUAAUCAUCAAACAUGUACGAGACGCAAUGGAUUUCUACGCUUUGUACACUUGGGUUGUAACUUUCGUUAAACACGUUUGGUUUAGGUUUUUCGAACCGUGA